AGUUUCGACUUUUGUGUUCUCAACUUAUGGAGUCGGUGUAUUUACUUUCUAGUAAAUAAAAAUUAAUUUAGCACAAAAAAUGGUACAAUAUCCAUAAAUAGUUCUUAUAUAUCAUAAAUUAACCUUUAUAUAAUCAGUUUACAGCCAAUAGAUUAUCAGAAGAGAAUAUGGAAGUUGUAUUAAUAAUAGCGGCUGCAUUGCUACCAACUUUGAAUUCGGAGUAUAUUCCCCCCGGUCCAGCCUACCCGUGCCCGAAAGAAACAGAGAACCAACUAUUAUAUCCGUGCAUAUGUGUAAAAGGCACAGAUGCAGGGUUGUACAUAAGAUGUGAGAACACAGGGCUGGCAGUGCUGAGUGUGGGCUUGGGGAAUAUAGCCGGAAUGGGCCUCCCUAUUGAACGGUUAGAGUUGAAUGAGUGUAAAAUCUCUCAUUUCUUUGGACCGCUGCUGCACAGAUCAAGUGUGAGGGUCCUGCACAUCACCAACACUCCUAUUAAGUCUAUAGAUGCAUAUGCAUUUGCAGGAGUCAACAGGACCUUGCAGGAAUUAUAUUUGUCAGAUACAAGAAUUACAGAGUUUCCCAGUGAAGCUUUUAAGAUCUUAGGCAACCUGAGCGUGCUGUCAAUAGACGGUCACCGCAUGACGUCGCUGAGCAAGGACAUAUUCGCGGGCAGCCAGGCCGCCGGCACCAUAGUGCGCCUGCAUCUCGUCAAUGGCAUGCUGAGUGACAUACCUGUGGAGGCGUUCCAGAAUCUCAAGAAGCUAAAGGGGCUAGACCUCCACGGCAACAGACUGGCCACGCUCAAACGGAGCCAGUUCAAAGGGCUGCGAGAUGUGGAGAUGCUGGAUAUAAGCUACAACAACAUAACGAAGCUGGACGGCAGCCACCUGGGCGACCUCAGCAAGCUGGGCUGGUGUAACGCCAGCCACAACCUCAUACCGGAGAUACCCAGGGGUAUGUUCGCGCGCAACACUCUCAUCAAGGUGGUGCACCUGGACAACAACAGGAUCAAGAAACUCGACAUCAACAGCUUCAAGGGAAUGAGGUUUUUGAGGCGUCUAUACCUCCAGGACAACCAGAUCUCGGAGGUGGGUCGCGGCACUUUCUCGGCGGUGACGCGCAUCGGCACCGUCGACCUCGCCCGCAACUUCAUACCCAAGGUCGACUACCAGAUGUUCCAGGCAGUCAAAUAUGCUGAGCUAAUAAACCUAGCGGAGAACAACAUUACGCUGAUCGACAAGCAGGCGUUCACCGACCUGUACCUGGCCGUGGUGAACGUCUCCCACAACCAGCUGACCACCAUCGAGGGCGGGGCCUUUGUGAACUGCAACAACAUGUCCCUGCUCGACCUCAGCCACAACCGCCUGGCCACCAUCCCGCGCGCCGCCUUCGACGAGAACACCUACGCCACCGAGUUCCGGCUCAGCUACAACGAGUUCACCGACCUGGGCCAGAUCCCGAUCCACAACAUGACGGGUCUGAAGGUGCUGAACGCGUCGCACAACCGCAUCACCACCAUCCCCAAGAACGCGUUCCCCAAGCUGUACGAGCUGCACACGGUGGACGUGUCGCACAACGAGCUCACUGACAUCUUCAAUUCCGUGUUUCAGACGCUGUUCUCGCUGAGAUAUCUUAACCUUUCCCACAACGCACUGGAGCACAUCAAGCCGGCGACGUUCGGCACGAUCUACACGAUACUAGAGCUCGAUCUGUCGCACAACAAGUUGAGCGAUUUGUCGCGCGGCAGUCUCGCCAAGCUCGCCAGCUGUCGCACGCUCGAUCUCAGCCACAACUUCCUUGAACGGAUACCGCAGAUACCCAUCAGUUUAGGUGAGUUGAAUUUCGCGUACAACAACGUGUCCGAGAUCCGCGCGAACACGUGGCCGACUAUGAACGCGCUGCUGCGACUCAACUUGUCGCACAACUCGUUGGGCGACGCGCUGGACGGCGGCGCGUUCUCCGGCCUGCUGACGCUGCAGUCGCUCGACUUGUCCGCCAACGGCCUGACCCGCCCGCCCUGGCAGGCGCUCAACGUCUUGACUAGCUUGCAGUAUCUCUACAUGCAGGAGAACAACCUGACCACCCUCUCCCGGGCGGCAUUCGGCAGCCUGCCCACGACCUUCCACCUGGACCUGUCGCACAACCAGCUGGCCAGCGUGGAGAGACGCGCCUUCGACGGCCUGCCGCAGCUGCUGCAUCUAUCGCUGAGCGCCAACCUGCUGCAGAGCAUACCCAACGAGGCCUUCAAGGGACUGGUCGCUUUGAGGAAAUUAGAUUUAUCUCACAACAGCCUCGAGAAAAUCGACAACAAAACCAACGGCCUACUGGACGACUUGCUUUCGUUGGAAUCGGUGGACUUAAGUCACAACCGGUUCGGUUUUCUGACGAAGAAGAUGUUCCCGUCCAGCCCGUGGAUACCGUACAGGCUGAUGGAGGUGGACCUCAGCCACAACGAGCUGCCGGUACUGACCUUCGACCUCACGCACGGCACCAAGAAGGUCAAGAAACUGAAUCUCAGCGGGAACUAUAUCAACGAUAUUAGAAAUAAUGUUAUAGGUAACCUGACGUCACUGGAACUACUAGAUCUAUCCAACAAUCAACUUCAAGAUCUAGAAUCGAGGACAUCGGACUCCAAAAUAAUUUUCCCUGAGAACAUCACCGAGCUAUACCUCCACAACAACUCCCUAGAAACCCUUCCCAUCGGCAGCAUACAGAAGGCGGCUGCGCUCAAGACGCUGGAUGUGCGGCAUAACGUGCUCACCAGCUACUAUCCAGAGCUGGUUAGACUGAUAGAGAAGACCGGGUUGAAGGUGUACUUUGAAGGUAACAAGCUCAAAUGCGACUGCCUUACCCGACCUCUCAAGCACUACCUCGCGCGCCUACCACCAUCAGCUCUCGCAGCAGACACCAAGUACAACACUCUAGCUUGUUCCGAGCCGCCGCAGCUGGAUGGAGAGUUGCUGGUGGAGGUGGAUGAGGACAGACUGCGCUGUGCCGGCUCCGUCGAGCUGCAGGACAGGCUGGCCGAGUCCCCGCUGGACUACACCGCGCUACCAGAUGUGCUGUUCAGGGAUAUACAGUAUUCGCAAGAAGCUAUCUACACUCUAUGGUACGUCUCUACGACGCAGGACCUCGCCGACUUCUUCAUAUACGCGCGGGACAAGAACAACACGAUAUACUACAGCAAGGACGUGUCCUACCACCUGCGCUCGCUGACAAUAGACCUCGACGACAAUUUCAAGAUGGCGCUCAAAAAUGGCGGCGCGUUCCAAAUUUGUAUCCAGGGCAAGAGCUCCGCCGGUUUCGCGCGCAAAUGGUACGACAGUCAGUGUCAAAACGUCGAGUCCAAUUUCGAAUCGUGGCCGAAAAAACUGAACGUAGACAAGCGAUUGUCGAAAAAGAAGGUAAGAUAUACCUGGUUCUCGAGUAAUACGCUAGCGCUUGUUAGCGACUCAAUUUUGAUCACGUUGUGUAUAUUCCUGGGGGUAUGCUUCAGGAGAUUAUCAGAUAUCGACGUUUGAUACUAUGUCCUACAAUGUUAGGCUUAUACUUUUCGAUACUGCCUUAUAUUUAAGGGUUAAUGGCGUAUGAUGGGUGUAUUUGAAUACUAUAAAAAGUUGAAAAACGCAGAAAAUGCUUAAAAGAGUGUAGUUUAAAACUACUUUAGAAUUGAAACGAAUUCCGUCCAAUUUUUUUUAUAAACUUACAAUACAUUAUUUUGAUAAUAUUUACACUUUUACAUGACAAUAAUAUUUGUGAUACUAUAUCUUACAUUUAAUGUAUUAAUAUUUUAUUUAUAUAAAUAAAAUGAUUUUUAAA